GGGUGAGGGAAGGGAUUGCCCUGGUGGAUCACACCAUGGGAGGUGCAGUGGAAUUACCAGGUCACAGCCUGAACCAAUAGUUGAGCACUAGGUGAGAAGGCAUGGCUAACCCAGGAAGCUCAGGUGCAGGCAAUGCACCUGAGUAAUGAAGAGGAGCCUACCCCCCUGCCCCCCCCACUCUCAUUUAAGGGUUAGCAGCCAAGGCAGCAGUAUCUUUUUGGGUAGAGGUUGCUCUCCUUUUAAACUGCUACGAGUUGCUGGAAGAUUGGAAGAGGUAAGCAAAAUUUGUUUUGUUUUGUUUUUCCUGUUGUUGCUCCAUAGGGUUUGUAUCCUACUGGAAGGCACUGUUAUCACCUUCUUUUGCCAUACAGGAGGAGAGAGGAAGCAGAGGUCUGACUGUAGCCCCAGUGUUCCCACACUCUAUGGCCACCACAAACCAUACUGAGAUCAUCAGGGCUGUUCUCAGGAAAUCACCAGUUCUCAGUUACUCAUCCCAUGCAUCCAGUACACAGAUCUGGGUGAAUGGGAGGAAUUAUGUGCACAUGCACAGUGUCCUGUAAAGACUUGUGCAAGGCUAGUGUCUCAUCCCAAACCCUUUCCACUCUGACACUGAGGUUUUGCUUCUGCUGAGCUGCAAUCAGGUCUGGCUGGGAGUAGUGCUCUUCAAAUUUCUAUGAAGCUGACUGCUGGCACCUGUUAGCUUUAUGCCAGAAGGUUUGGGUCUCCUAACUUGGUGAGGUUUGUUGGAGGGCAGGGGUGACACAAGAGGAAGGUUCCUGGGGGAAGCUGGCAAAUGCUGAGGCUUCCAGGAGAUUUUUGUCAGGUGUUACUUAUUAGAGAGAGAGGGAGGAUGAAGUAAGUCUGAGUCUGAACAAAGCCGGAGUUUAUCUCAGCGUAGUAGCAAGUAUUUGCAGCUGAAGGUCUGUGGGUGCAGCUGGAGGAUGUGAUGAGGUGAAAGAAGAGCCCCUAGCUUUGUGUGUUUGUUUUCUGAGCAGCUCUUAUGUGGGAGGGAGGGGAAAAGAGCCUUGUGAGAUAAGGUGCUAGACUAAAGGACCUUUAUCUCAGCUCUUCUGCCAGAACGAAGCACUAAAAUGCAACCUGUGUCCCUGCACAGCCUUUCGGAGCUGGAAAGAGCCAGUUUGCGAGAGCUAGCCCUCUACCAGCUGCAAAAAAAGCUGCUUGUUGGAGAUCUCAGCCUGGCUAAAGUUGGACCUAAAGGCAGUAAGUCUAUCCGCCAGAAGCUGGAGAGCUUUUCAAAAGAGAAGAAAGACUGCUCUCCUCAGACUUUUGGGAUCCCGCUAUGCCAAGUCAUUGCCAAUGACCGUGCAAACAGACAACUGCAAGAAACAGUGAAGAGCAGCCGCCGGCUGUGUGUGGAGGUGGAAGAAACAGUGACAAACUUUCGUGCUCAGAUGCAGAAGAGAUCCCCGCUGGGCAGGGGCUGUUUGGUACCUUAUGAAGUGUUCCAUGAAGAGCCUCUUUCCCCAGACUUUCCUGACCAUAACUCUUCCUGGAGUCAGCGAAGGGGGGCCAUGUCUGUGGACUGCAUCACUGAAUUGAGUGGCAACAGUUCCAAGCUGCUGGAGGCACUGCAGUUGUCGCAUCCCCAUGAGCUGGAUCCACGGAGGAACCUGGGCAAGAAAAAGAUGUUAAGCCUCAACCCCAUCACCUGGCAGGUCCCACGGAUUGUGGACAGGUGUUGCAAACACAUUGAAACAUAUGGUCUCCAAACGGUGGGCAUCUUCCGGGUUGGGAGCUCCAAGAAAAGAGUUCAGCAGCUGAGAGAAGAGUUCGACCACGGACUGGAUGUUUUCUUGGACGAGCAUCAAAGUGUUCAUGAUGUCGCUGCUCUGCUCAAAGAGUUUCUUCGUGACAUGCCAGAUUCACUGAUUCCCAGUGAGCUCUACACAGCCUUCCUCAGCACAGCCUCCAUGGAGGGCCCACCGCAGCUGGCUGUGCUGCAGCUGCUGCUCUUCCUGCUGCCCCCCUGCCACAGUGACACACUGCACCGCCUCCUGCAGUUCCUUAGCAAGGUGGCACGGCAUGCUGAGAGCUCCUGGGGCCCCGAUGGCCAGGAGAUUCCUGGGAAUAAAAUGACAGUUUCAAACUUGGCCACUAUCUUUGGUCCCAACAUCCUUCAGAAAGAGAAGUCUGGAGAAAAAGAUGCUGUAGCCAUGAACUUUGAAGACAGCACAGCUAUCAUACUGGUGGUCCAAAGGCUGAUUGAGCACUAUCAGACCCUGUUCAUGGUCUCUCCAGAAAUGCAGCAUGACAUCCUCAGGAGAUUGUUUCAGACAGACCCCGAUGUCAUUGACUACCUCUUGCGCAGGAAAUUCAAUUCUGUGCUCAGCACAGAAAGUGAGGAUUCAACAGAGGAGCAUACUCCAAUCCCAAAGCCUGAUCAGACCCUGGAAAGUAACUCGCUCUCAGAGUUGUACAGCAACAUCUCAUUCCUGAACUUGAAUGUUGGCAUGUAGCCAGCCCUCAGCACUGCCUUCCAUGGACAAACUGGGCAACGUUUCCACUACAAAAAUACGUUCUCUAUCCUGCUUUGAAGGAGUGGAGAAUGGAAGGGUGCAUGAAUGUAUGUGGAAGUAUCUUUGCUAACUGUAGGCAUGAAAGUGGUUCUGGUGUAGUCAGAUCUGCAGCAGAACGGAUUUUCAGUUACAGCUUUGUUGCCCGUCAGCUCACAGGCACAGGGCUGGGAGAGAAGCAGCUUGAGCUGAGGCCCACUGGGCAUGACUGGCCUGAAACACAAGUGAAUGGAGACUGCUAGAAGGGCAGUAAGGAUGGAAAAAUGCAGUUCAACUCCAUGCAAUCUGUACUUUGGUAUCCCACUCGCCAUGCGUUGUCCCAUCACUGCUUUGAGCAGAAAGAGAUCUUGGUGCUGAAGAAAUGACUGUAACCCAACAGCACUGUUAUUGCAAAGAUCCAUGGCAUGCCAUGUUCAGAAGGAAUCAUGGAUAUAUGUAUAUUUUUUACUUUUGAAUUCAGGUUUCCAACUGCUAAUUUUAUAGAUAGAAAACAUAGUAUUGACCACAAAAUAUAUAGGUAGUGUAGUACAAGGGAAAAGUAUGCUCUGAGAAUUGUGAACAUCUUUAUUCCUUGAAAUAUAUUCAGUAAGUAGACUGUCUAAUGUAUUAUAUAAUGUAUUGCAGAGAUUGAGUGACUUCUCAUGAUCUUUGGCUGAUAAAUGUCUGGUUUGUUUUUUUCCUACAGCUGAGGCAUUGGAAGGCACUGCACGUUACAUGCAAAUGUAUGUUUUUAGCUGAUGGGAUAGAAUGAAGGUUAUCAGCAAAUAUUUUCUGCAGUUUUCUUUCCAUUUACUCUUCUAGACUUGGCCUGGAGGCCCCUUGAACAGGGUGAACAGGGAGUAGUGGCCGAGGCAGAAUUUGAGUCUGCAGGGAAGAGCGAUGUAAAUUCAGAUCUAGAGGACGUGUUUGUUUUCUAGUCGCUAGAUCAGAAGGCAAGGCUGAAGUAAAGGAGCAUAGGAUGGGGGGUGACUUUAGAUUUGCAAGUUUUUUUUAAUGAAUUUGUCUUAUCCAACUGUUCUGUCUUGUCUCCAGGUGAAGGCUUAUGCUCUGGAAGUGAUACAGCUUUGGGUAUUGGAAGCAUUUCAGAGGUUUAAUUGUGUCAUGCUGUGACAUGACUAAAACAUUCACCUUCUGUGCUCCUGGCAGGUCCUGACCUCUUCUGAAGACUGUUUUCCAGAUGUGGUACAAAGAUGGUGUAUGUGGAGAGGAAGGUCACAGAAAAGGAGACAACAAUGCUGUAAAUUGUGCAUAGAGCACUUUUUUGUCUUUCAGCUGUUUUUUGAGGUCUUGGCCUGAAAUGUCAAUUAUCAUGUUCACAGUUGAGGCUUUGCUUCCAAGAAAAUGCAGAGUGCCAAGAAGAGGGCAUGCACAUAGGAAGUUGAGAUGCGGUGGGAAAAUAGAGUAUUGACGUUGAGGACUAGGACAGACGGGUAGGGAAGGAAGAUGGGUAAAGCUGGAGUGCUGCAGGAUGGGAAGGAGGCAGGAUAUGAGAUAUGCUGACAUUUUUUGGUGCUGGGGAAAGAGGGAUCUGGUGUCACAACUCCUCUCUUCUGGAUCCCCUGAAAUCAACUGCAAAUCUAUUACUUAUUCUGGAGAUAGAGAUCAUAAGAUACACAAUGACACUUAUUUUCUUUGAACUGUGGUGAAAUUGAGUAGAUUUUUAACUCGGGGCACAGGUUGCCUGGCUCCUUUUGCUACUUGCUCUAUAGGUCUCCACUGACCUGACACUUUAUGUUACAUUUAGGCAGCACUGAGUUUUUCCUGUGUGACCGAAACUUCUGGUUAGUAAUUAAUUUUAUUUUACCUGUCUGAGUUCAUAUAAGAUUUAAAACUCCUCCAAAUGCAGUCUUUGCAGGGAACUGAUUAAAAUUUAUUUGUACAGAAGCUCCCAUCCCAUCAGAAGCAUUCCCUUUCACUGUGAGCUCCUCAUCAGCACUGCCAUUCACUGAUGUAUGGAAAUAGUUUUGUUUGUUUGCUUGUUCCUGUGGAUUAAAUGCGUCUUACACUGCCAUGUUGGGUAGCUGAUGUAUUUAACACCCCUUCCUCUCUACAAAAAUGGAUGAAAAAUAAAAGAAUACUUUUGAAAAGGAA